UCUUGAAUGGCAUGGUUCUUUACUCUUUAGUGCGUUGACGACAAGAAAUGGCGAUAAUUGAUGAAAAUAAUAGUGUUGUGUCGCAUGUAAGCUGUUAAAGAUUAAUCUUCAAGUGCAAUUAGCACACUUAUUCCAAUGAAUAUGGACGCCGUCAAGGCAUUUAAUUCGGAGCUAUCUGCUCUUUACGAUGUCAAACCACCAAUUUCAAAGGCAAAAAUGAACUCACUGACCAGAGGAGCAAUAAAAGCUAUUAAAUUUUAUAAGCACGUUGUACAGAGUGUAGAGAAGUUCAUUCAAAAAUGCAAACCGGAAUAUAAGGUGCCUGGUUUAUAUGUAAUAGAUUCAAUAGUAAGACAGUCAAGACACCAAUUUGGAGUUGAAAAAGAUGUUUUUGCACCAAGAUUCGCUAAGAACAUGCAAACAACUUUCUUAAAUCUAUUAAAAUGCCCGACCGAAGAUAAAAGUAAAGUUAUAAGGGUUUUAAAUUUAUGGCAAAAAAAUUCAGUAUUUCCACCAGAAGUGAUCCAACCUUUGUUCGACUUAGCUGAUCCUAACCAUCCUAUUCAUAAGGAACAGGCAAUUAAUUCCAAUGGAGCAAUCAAUACAUCAUCUAAUAAUUUAGGAGGUCUAGGUUCUCUUACGAAAACAUCUCCAGGCGUUAAAGGCACUCCAAAGGAUCAGAAAAUCUUUACAGCUAAACCAAUUGAUCCAGCCUGGUUAGCUCAAACCAAAUUAGAAACUGCUAAUAUGGUAAAUGCUAAUAAAUUAUUGGGACAAUCGAGUGCUAAUCAGGUAGAUGUUUCAUUCCUCGAUCAAUUACAACAUCUUCAACAGAUAUUAUUGAAGAAGCAAGAAGCUGUAAAUGAAGCUCAAUCUUCAGUUAAAUUUGACAAGAAACUUCUUGAUUUUGAUUAUGGAGAGGAAGAAGAUGAUGAUGUUAUGGUAGCUAAUUCGCCAGCUACAGCUGCCUCUGCUGUUAAUCAACACAACGCUGUUUCAACGGGUAGUCUUGAGAGUCUAGGAUUAUUGUUAGCUAAUCCAGAAGUUCUUCGACAGCUUCAAACACUCCAACAAACGAUGCAAAAUAAUGUUGCAUCAGCACAACAUGAAAUGGAAGAAAAAAUGCGUAAAUUACAACAAAUGAAACAGCAAGAGGAUGAGUUUGAUAAACAUUUAGCUCAAACAGUUCCGAAUCUUCCAUUUGCUUCUGAGUGUGAAUUAAAACCAUCAGAUGUUCUAAAACCAAAUCAACAUAAUGUAUAUGGUAACGCUGCAGGGAUAAUGCAGCAGGAUAUGAGCCAACCACCUCCUGGAUAUCCUCCAGCUUUUGUUUCCCAAGGUGCUAAUAUUCGACAGCCUAUGCAUCAAAAUCAAAAAAGUCCUCUUCUUGAUGAACGACAAGACUCGCAAGAUUAUCAAUCUGCUCAAACAAGACGUGAUAGCAGUAGCGUUGAAAUAGUAAACUUAGACUCGGUGAGAUCUCAAAGCAGGUCACCAGACCGUUUUGGACGCCACAGUAGGUCUAGAUCUCCCCGUCAUCGUGGUCGAGACAGGGAGCGUGAUAGGAAUAGAAAAUCUCGAUCAAGAAGUCGAUCACGACGAAGGAGAUCACGUUCAAGAGAUCGUAAACACGAUGACAAUCGAGACAAAAUAACUGAAGAGGAAAGAGAAAAAGAAAGAGAGAGAAGGAAACGUGGCUUACCGCCAAUUAUGAGAGAAAAGAUGAGUGUUUGUAGUACAACACUCUGGGUUGGACAUUUAUCAAAACUUGUACACCAGGAAGAACUUUCUGAUACCUUUGGUGAAUUUGGUGACAUCGUUAGUAUUGAUUUAAUUUCACCAAGAGGUUGUGCUUUUAUAUGUAUGAACAGGAGACAAGAUGCUUAUCGAGCUUUGACAAAAUUGAAAAAUCAUAAAAUGCAGGGUAAAGCUAUUACAUUAGCUUGGGCUCCAGGAAAAGGAGUAAAAGGAAAAGAAUGGAAAGAUUACUGGGAAGUAGAGCUAGGUGUUAGCUAUAUUCCUUGGAAUAAACUGAAUAAUGUAAAAGAACAUGAUCUCGAGUUAUUAGAGGAAGGUGGAAUGAUUGAUGAAGACACAUUGCCGCCUAGUUUAAUAGGAAAACUGAAGCACUCUUCAUCGAAUGAUGUUAAUGUACAACAAGGAAUGCAAAUGCAAAUAGGUGGUGCACCGAUUCCCACAUUGACUGAUGGUAUUGUAAAUGUAAUGCCACCAGUAUCAGGAUCUCAACCCCAACCAAUUGUAGACACAAGUCAGCCACCGCCAAUAAGAGCGACGGCAUCAACGAAUUUAAUGCCUCCUACAAGUGCUCAAUUGCCAAUGAUACCACCAGGAUUUCCAAUGACUGGAGUACCACGUAUGCUUGGACCAAUGGGUUUGCAAAUGGCUCACGGCUUGAUGCCAAAUGUACCGAUUGGAGUACCUCCUCCAAAUAUGCAAAGUCUUUUAGGUCCUCCAGGAAUGAUGCAUUCAAUGCUUACGCCUCCAGUUAAUUCUCCAUUUGGUACAGGUGUUGGUGUUGGCCUUUUAACUCAGAUUCCACUUCCAGCACCCGCUGCUCCUUCAGAUAAAUCGAAUUCAACAGGAAUGCCUCAUAAUGUUCCUCCAAUGGGAGUGCCACCACCUACAGGAGAAACAAAUUUACCAAAUCUUCCAAUGCUUCGCCAGCCAUUUGGUGUUGGCCCUCCACCUCCACCAAUGCAACAAAUGCCUAUGCAAGCUCAGCAUUCUGACGAUAUGGAUGUUGAAAUGGAAGACGCUAUGCCUCAAAGUACAUCAAAUCCUCCUAAAGAUAAGCCUAAUUUAAGUGAUCAAUUAUUAGCAGCUAUGAAUAAAAAUCAAAGUAAUAAUGAAAGAAUGGACAAUGAACGAGAUUUUAGGGAUAGAGAUAGAGAAAGAGAUCGUGAUAGGCGAGAUCGAAAUGAUCGUGAUAGAGGUGAUAGGAAUGGUAAUGAUGCUCGAGGUAGAGAUCGAGGAAGAGGAAGAGACAGAGGUCGUGAUAGGAGAAGAGAUGGAAGGGAUCGAGAUAGAGACGACAGAAGAGAUCGUGAUCGUGAUAUGAGACCACAUGAUGGUCCAAUACCCCUUCAAGUUCCAGGCAUGGGACUUUUACAAGAACCACCGAUACAUAACGUGGACAUGAUACCGAAGAAAGAUAAAAUGAGUCUUGCAGAUAGAUUAAGGCAGCUGGCAGAUGGAACUUUGCCAUUAGAUGAUAGAAUGGAUCGAGGAAUUAGAGGUGAUAGAAAUGAUCGUAGCAUGGAUAGAGGUGAUAGACCACCACCAUUUGAAGAUGUCCAAGGUAAUAGAAGACCCGGAGAUGGUCCUCCAUCGUUAAUGGAUCUUCCAAAGUUUUCAAUACCACCUGGAGAUCGACCAGAUUUCGGACCUAGAGGCCCAGAUUUUCCACGAGGACCUCAAGAUCUUCGAGAUUUUCCUCGAGAUCGAGAUAGACCAGGAUUCGGCCCCAGAGGAGGUCUACGAGGGCCAAUGGAUGAUUUUCCAGAUCAUAGAAUGCACGGUGGUCGAUUUCCUGAUGAGUUUGAUCGGCUUGGGCCUGCUGGACCGCGCCCAGAUGAUUUCGAUCUUCGUUUAGGACUUGCAAGAGAAGAGUUUGAACGUGCAGAACUUCGUGGACGUCAUCCAGUUGAUGAUUACGAAGCUGAACGAUUUGAAUUUGAAAGACGUCAAAGAGAAGGAUUUGACCCAAGAAUGCCCGAUGGAUUUGAUCUUAGAGCACAUCCUGACCAUCCAGAUUUUGAUCCCAGGAGGAGAGACUUUUAUGGACAUAUGGAUCCAGGAUUUGCACCUUUGAUGGGAGCAAGGGGUCCAAGAGGGCCUAUGGGUCCUGAUGGAUUUGGAUCAAGACCUGGAAUGGGAGCUAGAGGUCAUGGUCCACCCAUGUUCCAUCGAGGAAUGGGCCCACGAGGAAUGAGAUCAGGAAUGCGUCCUCCAUUCGGACCUCGAGGGCCUCCUUUUGAUCCGCGUGAAGGUGAAGCUUUCUUCAGAACUCCAUUUGAUGAUGGUCGUGGUCCUCCUCCUUCUUCACACAUGAGACCUCCUUUUGGUGGACCACCGGCACCUCUAAUACCAGAAAAUCCAUGGAGAAAUCAGGAUAAUGGUCCAAUAAAUCCGUGGGCUAAUGUUGACAGCAAUAAUGGACCUGAAUCGGAUGAUCAUGGGCGUGAAAAUCAUGUUAAUCAAAGAGACAAUCCAAAAGGACAUGGUAAGCAUCAGGAUCGUGAUAGAGACAAUAGGAAUUUGAGAAAUAGAAAAUCUCGAUGGGGAAAUGCAAGUCCUCCUCCAGCUGAUCAAGCUGAUAUGUCUACAUCUGAACAAGACUGCGAAGAUGAUAGAAAAAGAAAUGAGGAGGAUAAUCGAGAGUCAAGUAAUGACCAAAAUUUGAGAAACCUUCAAGAAAUUCCAAAUGAACCAGAAGAAUUAGAAGAAUCAACUCAACCUCAGAAUCCUGAUGAAGAUAGUGCCAUUAAAAGUUCUGAAGAAAAUCACGUGGUGUCUAAUAAUAAUCCUGAAAAUUCACAGAAUGAAACAUUUACGAAUAAUGAACAUGAAAAUUCUGAUAAUAACGAUUUUGUAAAGUGUACGGAAACGAAUGAAGCUGAUGAAACAGGGAAACAAGUACAUAUUGAAGAAAGGGAACCAACGGAAGCAGUGGAAAAUCAAAAUGAAAGUGAACAGACGGUGAUAGAAACAGAAGAAAAGUUGUAACAGAUUUAAAUACGCUUUUAGGAUAUUGAGAGUGACUAAAGUAAAGGACUGAAUUGGAUCUCUCAGACCUAAAAGGGUUUAUUUUGUAAAUUAUCCACACAAUAAGGUGUACAUAAAAAGAAAUUAGAUGCACUAAGUGGGAAAUAUCUUAAAAAAAGUUAUGGACAGUUGGAAGUUUAAGUGCUGGCCUUUGGAGUGGUAGGAAAAAAACUAAGUGAGUCCAGUGAGUCUCGAUUAGAAUAUUCUUCUCUUUCUCUAUUUUUUUUUUUUUUGCUAUUUUACUUUUAAUGAAUUUUCAUUUAAACAAAAAAUUAGUAAAAAUUAGGCAAACACAAGAAACAAAAUUAUUAAUUUAUGUAAAUUAGAGUUCGGAGAAGUUUUCUUUCGAUUGAGAAUUGCUGCUUAAACAUUGCUGUGAUAGUGAACACAGGACCUAUUAAAUAUGUCAUUAAUGUCCUAGAGAGUAAAAUUAUACAGAAUUGAAAUCAUUGAUUUAAUGUCAUAGUUUCUAGAAUGAAACGUAAGUGGAAAGACAACAAAAAAUUUUUUGAGCAUCCCGAUAAAUAAUUUAAUUUUAAAUAAUUUUUUUUAAAUAUCAUUAGAAAAUAUUUUUUUGAAUCUUUCUGUAAUCAAUUAUUAUCAUCACCCAAGGUACGAUACAGCGACAGUAAUGUACCUCAUACGAAACAAAUAUGAUAGGAACGAAAGAAAAAAUACUUUAAUAAGUAAUUUAUUGAAUUGUAAAUAAUUUUAUAUUUUUCUAGUAGAAAAAAUUAAUUAAAUGAAUAUAUUGUGCAAAUAGUUGCUCAAUCAAUAAUACAAAUAAAUAUUUUAUACGUAUUGUUUUUUAACAAAAGCAAAUACGGCGUUGUCAUUCCAA